AUGGUAUUGGAUAUAAACUACUUUCGAGAUGAGAAUCUCUUGAAACAACUGAAGGAAUCUGAGGAAAGGAGAUGCGAAUCUAAUAGCGUAGUAGAUAAAGUAAUUGAAGCAGAUAAAGAUUGGAAAAAGGCAAUGUUUGCAUAUGAUCAGCUGAAAAAAAGUGUAAAUGAAGUGUCCAAAAAGAUAUCCGAAUAUACAAAGUUGAACCGUCACAAAGGAGAUUUGUCGAAUGAUUCCGAGUUUCUAGGCCUGAAAAAUCUAGCGGAAUCUAAAAAACAAGGAAUUGCAGAAUGCCUAAAAAAUAUAGAAGAAUGCAAUGAUAAGAGAAACUCGCUCUUAAAAAUGGUUGGAAAUGUAGUUUCUCCCGACGUAAUAGCCUCAAAAGAUGAAGCUCUGAAUGAAGUCAUUAGGUCGUGGGUUCCAAACCUAUUCCCAUGGGAAUCAAAACCAGACAGAAACACAACUGAUACGAAUUUCACAAAUAACCAAAAUUCACUACAGUUCAACGGUAAAAACUCCCUGAAAACCCAAAAUUCAGGUUUUAACACCGAAGAUUCAGGAACUGCUACUGAAAAUUCGGGUGUUAGUUAUGUUGGUAAGUUGCCGGAGAUAAAAAGACCGCCAUGGAAGAUACUACAGCAUCAUGAAAUAUUAGCGAAACUAAACAGUCUUGAAAUUAACAAAGCUGUGGAAAUUGCAGGUCACAGGGCGUUUUUUCUUAAAGGUAAGGGUUGUCUUCUCAACAUGGCCUUAAUUCAAUACGGUCUCCAGUUCCUUGUUAGAAAAGGUUAUUUACCAGUCCACACACCCUAUUUCAUGAGGAAGGAAGUUAUGUCUGAGUGUGCUGAACUCGACGAUUUCGAAACCACUCUCUACUGCAUUCCUCUAACCGAUUCCACGGCCCCCAAUGCUACAGCAGACGCCACAAAAACUACAAGUACUAACGGUACGAGGGAUAUGGAAUUGAAAGAGAAAGAUGUGGAUAAGAAUAAGUUAUUUUUAAUAGCGACAUCAGAACAACCAAUAGCGGCAUUACAUAGAAAUGAAGUGUAUCAGAAGAAACAGCUGCCAAUAAGAUAUGCAGGAAUAUCGACCUGUUUUAGAAGAGAAGCUGGAGCACAUGGUAAGGAUUUGAGGGGUAUUUUUAGAGUACACCAAUUCCAAAAAGUGGAGCAGUUUGUAGUUUGUACUCCAGAAAAUAGUAUCCAGGAGCACGAACAGAUGGUUAAGUUCUCAGAAGAGUUUUAUAGGAGCCUGAAACUUCCCUAUAGAAUAGUCUCGAUUGUGGCUGGAGCAUUGAAUAAAGCGGCGUCUAAGAAGUAUGAUCUUGAGGCUUGGUUCCCAGGCUAUGAAGACUACAGGGAGCUUGUCAGCUGUUCUAACUGCACUGAUUACCAAGCUCAGAACCUUAAUUCCAAAUUCUACGACAAGAAUAAUCAGGACAGGAAACAUGUACAUAUGCUCAACGGUACACUAGUAGCUUCUCAAAGAUGUCUAUGCUGCAUUCUUGAAAAUUACCAAACUCCAGAUGGUAUCAUUGUACCUGAACCCCUGGUUCCAUAUAUGGAUGGUCUUGAAUUCAUACCAUUUGAAAAUUAA